AUGGAUUGGUCGCUGGCAAGGAGAGUAAGUACCUGGAAUCGGCGGCUGGAGCUCUCUGUUGGAGGAAUCGGCGGCUGGAAUCGGCGCCGGCUGCUGCUUCUACUUCUUACGGGAGUGAGGGAGAUGGCCGAAGUGGGCUGGCGGCGGGGCUGGAGGGGAGUGAGGGAGAUGGCGGCGGUGGGCUGGCGGCGGGGCUGGAGGGGAGUGAGGGAGAUGGCGGCAGUGGGCUGGCGGCGGGGCUGGAGGGGAGUGAGGGAGAUGGCGGCGGUGGGCUGGCGGCGGGGCUGGAGGGGAGUGAAGGAGAUGGCGGCGGUGGGCUGGCGGCGGGGCUGGAGGGGAGUGAAGGAGAUGGCGGCGGUGGGCUGGCGGCGGGGCGGGAGGGGAGUGAGGGAGAUGAGCGGCGGGGCUGGAGGGAGUGAGGGAGAUGAGCGGAGGAAGUGGGCUGGAGGGAGAAGAGGAAGAGAGCGGCCGACCGAGUUUUAG